UCGUUGGUCUGUUCUCCAGGAAUAUAUGCAGAACAUGUCCUGCGGCCCAAGAAUCUUGGACUUGCACAUCAGAGGCAACAGCAACUACAAUUUUCUGAUCAAAGCUUCCAGAGUGACACAGCUGAAGGCCAAGAGAAAGAAAAAAGCUCUAAGCCGAUGGCAUUUUCCAGCCCACCCCUAAGACAUGCAGUAAGCUCAAGGAGGAGGAACAGUGUAGUGGAAAUAGAGUCUAGUCAAGGCCAGAGGGAAAAUCCUACAGAAAUAGACAAAGUAUUGAAAGGAAUAGAAAAUUCAAGAUGGGGAGCAUUCAGGUGUGCAGAGCAUGGGCAAGACUUCAGCCAGAAGACGAUAGUAAUCAUACACAAAAAAGCACAUUCCAGGCAGAAACUUUUUACAUGCAGGGAGUGUCACCAGGGCUUUAGAAAUGAGUCAGCAUUGCUCUUGCACCAGAAGACACACACGGGAGAGAAGUCCUAUGUAUGCAGUGAGUGUGGGCGAGGCUUCAGCCUCAAGGCAAAUCUCCUCAGACACCAGAGGACACACUCAGGAGAGAAGCCUUUUCUGUGCAAGGUGUGUGGACGAGGCUACACCAGUAAGUCAUACCUCACUGUGCAUGAGAGAACACACACAGGAGAGAAGCCUUAUGAAUGCCAGGAGUGUGGGCGAAGGUUUAAUGAUAAGUCCUCAUACAACAAGCACUUGAAGGCACAUUCAGGGGAGAAGCCUUUUGUGUGCAAGGAGUGUGGGCGAGGCUAUACUAAGUCAUACUUCAUUGUGCACAAGAGAAGACACUCAGGAGAGAAGCCUUACAGAUGCCAGGAGUGUGGCCGAGGCUUUAGCAAUAAGUCACACCUCAUCACACACUAGAGGACACACUCAGGGGAGAAGCCCUUCACGUGCAGGCAGUGUGAGCAAAGUUUUAGCGUGAAAGGAAGUCUCCUCAGACACCAGAGAACACACUCAGGGGAGAAACCUUUCGUUUGUAGAGAAUGUGGGCAAGGGUUUAUUCAGAAGUCAACCCUCGUGAAACAUCAGAUCACACACUCAGAGGAGAAGCCUUUUGUGUGCAAGGACUGUGGACGAGGCUUUAUCCAAAAGUCAACCUUCACUUUACACCAGAGGACACACUCAGAGGAGAAGCCUUAUGGAUGUCGGGAGUGUGGGCGAAGGUUUCAGGAUAAGUCCUCGUAUAACAAGCACCUGAGGGCACACUUGGGAGAGAAACGUUUUUUCUGCAGGGAUUGUGGGUGAGGCUUUACCUUGAAGCCAAAUCUCACCAUACAUCAGAGAACACACUCAGGAGAGAAACCCUUCGUGUGCAAGCAGUGUGAGAAAAGUUUUAGUUUGAAGGCAAAUCUUCUUAGACAUCAGUGGACACACUCAGGGGAAAGGCCAUUUAAUUGCAAGGAUUGUGGGCGAGGCUUCAUCCUAAAGUCAACUCUCCUCUUCCACCAGAAGACACACUCGGGGGAGAAGCCUUUCAUCUGUAGUGAAUGUGGGCAAGGAUUUAUCUGGAAGUCAAACCUUGUGAAACACCAGCUUGCACAUUCUGGCAAGCAGCCUUUUGUAUGCAAGGAGUGUGGGCGAGGCUUCAACUGGAAGGGAAAUCUCCUCACACACCAGAGGACACACUCAGGGGAGAAGCCCUUCGUGUGUAAUGUGUGUGGGCAAGGCUUGAGCUGGAAGAGAAGUCUCACCAGACACCACUGGCGGAUACACUCAAAGGAGAAGCCUUUUGUGUGCCAGGAGUGUAAGCGAGGCUAUACCAGUAAGUCAGACCUCACUGUACAUGAAAGAAUACACACAGGAGAGAGGCCUUAUGAAUGCCAAGAGUGUGGAUGAAAGUUUAGCAAUAAGUCAUACUACAGUAAGCACUUAAAGAGACACACACGUGAGAAGGGUUUUUGUACAGGGAGUGUGGGUGAGGCUUCAUCUUGAAGCCAUAUCUCACCAGCCAUCAGAGGACACACACAGGAGAGUAACUUUGCUUUGUUACGAGCUUGAGUUGAGGCUGCAUAACUUGUUUGUGAAGAUAUAACAAAGGCAGACAGAAUCCAGAGGGCCACAGAGAACCUGAAUUCAACCCAUGUGUCCCCAAGAGAUUCGGAGAAAAGAGGUCAAUGUUUAAGGAACAGAGAUGCCAGUUGAGGGGAGGGCAUUAUCUGGGCUAUUGGGGAAAUAUGGUCUCUUUCUUACUGAGCACAUGUUCUUGUAUUUGUGCCAGGCUGUGCUUUCUAAGGACUGCUCUUAGCCAGUGACUGCAGAGCAGGGAUCCCAAGGGAGGUCUGUUACUGACAAUCUCCCCAACCUCCUUGGACUGCAGGCAACCUAGGACACCUCCACCAAACCUCUUCUUGCACUUUCCUUCCCUCUGGUUGCCCUCCCAGCCUUCCUUGGUUUGAAUGUUUUGUCCCCUCCUUAAUUUAUGUUGAAACGCU